CGGGCACCGUCAUUUCCGUCUCCCUUGCGUUCAAUUCAAGGCUGCAAAAUAUGGCUACCCCAACAGCUUUUGCGUCACAGGUAACAAGCUGCCGCCCGUUCAAGCUACCUGUAAAUUCACUCUUCUCCUUUCUUCAUUUAGGUGACGUAAACUCGUAUGCCAGUCCUCAAAGAUACUCAGCCAUAUCAUGGCCUAGAAAGAAGACUGGGAAGGCCUUGCGAUCUUUCCAAGUAUAUGGCUUAUUUGGAGGAAACAAGGACAACAGCAAAAAGGAUGAUGAUGCCGCGUCAAAGUCAGGGAUGCUGGGUAAUAUGCAGAAUCUAUAUGACACGGUUAAGAAAGCUCAAAUGGUAGUUCAAGUGGAAGCAGUGCGUGUUCAGAAAGAACUUGCUGCAUCAGAGUUUGAUGGUUAUUGUGAAGGUGAACUCAUAAAGGCAACUCUUUCUGGCAACCAGCAACCUGUUCGCAUUGAGAUUACGGAAGCGGCGAUGGAACUAGGAGCUGACAAACUCUCUCUUCUGGUUACUGAAGCUUACAAAGAUGCUCAUCAAAGAAGCGUCCAGGCCAUGAAGGAGAGGAUGAGCAGUCUUGCCCAAAGUUUAGGAAUGCCACAAGGGCUUAACGAUGGUUGAAGUAGAGAUUAAUUCAAUUUUCUGUUUCAUUAUUCUCUUUAGAUUUUUAUAUUAUUAUGGACAACUAUAUUUUUCUCCUGUAAUUUAAUGGUGUAAAGGCGAAGACGACCAAGGUACUACUACUUUGUAAGAAUUUCUCAUCACUUCCGUUGGGAUAUGUAU